ACUCUGACUGGCUGUGCAGUAGCCCUUCUAUACACUGAGGGGAGGGAACAUGAAGAAACGUGUGAAUUCUGGCCAUACUCCUGUCCGUGCCUGGGGCCCUAUCUGUAUUGCACGUGGCAAGGUUCCCUUGAACAGGUAAUGCGUCACCUUAUGGUGUGUCAUAAUUCAAUCGAAUCUCUUCAAGGAGAGGAUGAUGUAUUCUCAGCAACAGACAUCAAUAAGCCAGUAUCAAGGACCUGGGUCAAGAUGCAGACAUGCUUUGGCCACCAUUUUAGGUUGCUACUUGAGAAACGAGUGAAGUGGGACGGAUGUCAACAGUUCUUUGCUAUAGUACAACUGAUUGGAUCAAGGAAACAGGUUGAAAAAUUUGCAUAUAGGUUAGAACUGAAAGUGCAAAGAAGACAUUUGACAUGGGAAUCAACACCAAGAUCCAUCCACGAACCAGUCUUCGUAAUAAUCAUGAACUCUGACUGUAUGGGUGUGCAGUAG